AUGAAACGUAAAGACCUACACUUGUAUAGUCAAUAUAAACAUUUGCAAGGAUUGCAACACAAACCCACAAUGGCAACUUUCCAAAGACUAGAUCACGACGCAGCAAUCCAUUUUGAUAAGGAUGCAAGCACUGAAACCAAAGAUUAUCUGACCAUCUCAGAGGACCGCCUCAAGGAAUUGAAGUACCCGGAGUGGGCUCCAACCUGGGAGAAAAAGCACGAUCACCAGUUUGACCAUAUUCCCGUGUUCAAGCAUAUUGACAGAGGCUUUUACGGUGAUUCUGAGUUCAAGUCCCUUAAGGAUGCAGAUGGAGUUACUUUCAAGCAUGUUUCUCCAAAACUAGGCUUGGAAGUCGAUGGUAUUCAGUUGAGCGAUUUGUCGGAUAAGCAAAAGGAUGACUUGGCCCUAUUGGUUGAGACCUACGGUGUUGUUGCCUUCAGAAACCAAGAUUUCAAGAACCAAUCUUUUGAAGAGAUCAAGGACUGGGGUAGAUACUUUGGCCCACUCCAUAUCCACCCAACAUCGGGUGCUCCGCUUAACCAACCAGAAUUUCAUUUGACGUUCACCAAAGGCAGUAUUUCUGAGCAAAAGAAGUUGUUCAAAACAAAACUAAAUAAUAUCAGCUGGCAUUCAGAUGUUGCUUAUGAAAACCAACCACCUGGAAUUACGGCUUUUGCUAUGUUACAAUCUGGUCCUUCUGGAGGUGACACCCAAUUCUUGGAUAUGUUUGAAAUAUACGAUAGGUUAUCACCAUUAAUGAAGUCCAUUCUUGAUGGACUGAGGGCACUAAACACGUCCAGAGAUCAAGCAAACGAUGCUAUUGCGUCUGGUAGUAUACAGAGGAAAAAUCCAAUUGAUUCCAUACACCCUGUUGUCAGGUAUCACCCGGUUUUGAAAAGAAAAUGCUUGUUUGUUAAUAGGGGGUUCACUAGACAAAUUUUGGGAUUAAAAACAGAAGAAAGCGACUACUUACUAUCUUUUCUAUUUGAUCAUAUUCAAUCAUGUUUGGAUGCUCAUGUUAGGCUUUCGUGGGAUGAAAAUACCGUGGUUGUCUGGGAUAACAGAAGAGUCUUACAUACACGUACAACUGACUGGGAUACAGAUGAAAUCAGACAUGCCUUUAGGGUAACCACUGUAGCUGAAAGACCUGUUAGUACAAAGGAAGAAUACGAAAGCUGGACUCCUGAACUCGAGAAGUCGAAUAUUAAUAUCAAUGAUUUUGUUAUUAGUCUCGGACCAGAAGAGUAUUAUGAGAAGUUCUAUACCUAA